CUGUCACUUUAUGGUAUGCGGCAUAUUCGUAUAUGCACGUGUUUGAGUUAUUGUUUUUUUUUUUUUUUUUUUUUAAAAUAGAAUUGUGUAUUAAAUCCAAAAUAAUGAGCUCUGACGAAAAUGAACAAAAUGAAAUUGAUUGCAACACAUGUACUGCAACCGAAUUGAGUCAAUUAUUUGAUGAAUCACUUCGGAUAUCGAGUGAAGAAGCAAUUUCAUUGCAGCAGAAUUACGUUUUGUAUUUGGACAAUUCCAGAGACUUUGGUAAAAUUGCCGCUGGAACAUCAAGUAAAACUGUGCAUAUUUUCGAUUUGAAUAGCAGCAAGGGAUUUUCGCAACUUCAAAAAUGCGAUAUCGGACUUUCGACCGACAACCAAACGAUUUGUGACAUUCGCUUCGGAAAAAACAGUUUGAACACACUGUUUGUCGGCGUAACAAAUGGAAAAAUAUACACUUAUGAUUUGCGUGCAAAGCCAAUGCCGGUACAGACAUUUGAAAAUACUGAUGCUCAACAAAAGCCAUUCAUGUGUUUUGAUGUUAGUGCGAAUGAUUCGGUAUUAGGUGUUGGAUCUGAGCAGUAUGAAGGCGAAGUAAAUCUUAUAUUGUUUGACGUACGAACUACUUCAACACAAGCCAUAUACUCAGAAAGCCAUCGAGACGAUUUGACGCAGAUACGGUUUCAUCCAAACAAUCCUGAUAUUCUAGCCUCUGGUUCAACCGAUGGACUCGUAAAUGUUUUCGAUAUUUCGGAGAAUGACGAAGACGAUGCGCUUCAAUCAUGCUAUAAUACCGAAAGCAGUGUACAAACGAUUAAUUGGCAUCCGAAACAUGACGACUAUUUACUGAGUUGCAUCACACAUACCAACGACUUUCAAUUAUUGGAUGGUGAUGAUACAGACGUGGGUUUUAGAUGUGAGCGUCAAGAAAUUACAAAAUUGAUAAAACGUAAAUCAGCUGAAGAUUGUUAUCUCAUAAAUUCGCAUUCCACAUUAAAUGGCGAUAUUUUUUUGCUGGCUGGAUCAAAUUUUAAUGCUGGUGAAUGUCUUCGCAGUCUCACCGUACACAAAAAAUCACUUAAGCCUCGAAAUAAUUUCAUAGACAACAAGCAAAUUAUUCGAUGUAGCAUCUUCAACCAAAAGGACCAAGUGCUUGUUACAGCCGGUGAAGGAGGUAUUGUUACCGUGUGGGAAAAUAGCCCAUCUUCAAACAAUGACAUACACAAAGAGAAACGAAAAAUUAAAACGAAAAACAGCCGAAAAUCAAAACCGUAUUAGGUGUUUUUUUCGAUUAAAAUAUUAAAAAAAGGAAGUGUUUUUCAAUAGAAUAAAAUUAAAUUAAAUAAAAACGAAUUCAAUUAUGUUUUGCUGCAUAUAUAAGCCAUAAUUUGUGUGCAAACCGCAUCAAAAUGACGGCGAGUGGAACCCUUUGAUAAAAUCAUUAAUGGCAAAUGAGAACACAAAGCCGAUUGUAUCGCACGUCAGUUUCCAAUGGUCAGUGCAUUAAAAGAAUUUGUUUCAUCCGAAUUCAUCGUCCCAGGUACGAAAAUUGGAUUUCACAACGGCCGCUAUAGCAGCGAACAAUGGCUUGCCGUUUCGUUAGUUUGCACCAACAAAUCAGAUUGGUCAAUCAUUGCAUACGCAUCAUUCGAAUUGCUUUCGUUUAGUGAAAAAUGGCAAUUGAAUGUAAUGAAUUCACCAGCGCAGCUGAAAAGACGUUCGCAUAUAGCUUACAAGAUUCAGGAUCGAAGUGAAAGUUGGACAAAUGGGAAAUGGAUCCAUUUUCAACAUUUCUGCAUUUAUGGCGUCGAAUUACGAAGUGAUGGGCGGUUUUCGCCCGUGAAAUUUGCGACGAUUAACUGAAUCUACACAAUCAUUUCCUUAAUCACAACUUAAUCAUCAUUAACUAUUUACACAAUCACGAUUAAGUUGGUGUAGAUAAUCACGGCGACGUCGCGAUUAAUACAACAAGUUAAUCAUCGCCGAUGAUUAAUUAUACUCUUGCACAAUCACUUAAUCAUGAUUAAUUGCGAUUAAGUGAUUAAGUGCCGUCUUAAUCAUUUGAAAAAUGAUUGUGCAAGUGAUUAAGUAAUCACAAAACGCCCACCUGUAAUUUAAAUAACAACAAUAAGUAAGAGACACACAAAUCAACAACCAAUGUUUGUAACGUUUUUCUGUUUUAUUUGAAAUCAUAAAAAAUAUUCAUUCCUGUUUUCAACAAAGAGAAAUGAAACACAAAUCAAUUUCUAAAUAGAAUCAUUUCGACUAGAUUCGAUUUUAGAAAAAUAUUAUGCGCUUUAUUUAUGGUACCUAAUUAAAACGAGAGACGAAAGAAAGGAAAAUAAAACAAAAACUAUUACGUUCAAAUUUGCCUAGUGAUUGAUUGCAAUCAACAAAAAUCAAAAUCGUAUGGUUGUUUGGAUUUACGGAAAAUGUCCAACAAAAUGAUACACUCAACGCUUUUUUUUUUAUACUAUGUGUUUUUCAAUUGUAAAAUGUACAAUAGUUUGCAACUUGAUAUUAUUUUCUUCUGUGGUUUCAUUGGCUAUUCAAUAGUUUUCAAUGGAUACGACUUCAUUUUGAUGCGAUUUCUUUUUUUCUCUUCUUAUUCUUCGUAAUAUAAUAUAUGCAAAUCUGUUUUUUUUUUGUUAGUGAUUUUUGUUUGCUAAAAAAUCUCCGGAUCCAUUUAUUUCUUCCCGUUGUUGCACUUUAAAAGUUUGGCAUCUAAGUUGUUAAAAAAAAAACGAUUUCAGCAAAUAUUUCGGCGAUAUUCUUUGUUUAUUGGAUCGAGUUUUCUUUCUUCGCGCACAUAUCUAAUUCAUAAUCAAUAAGAACUAUGCAUUUUUUUUUCUCUGUUUCGGUUUUAAAUAAUUCGUUAAUAUUCAGCACUUUAGAAAAAUGUUUGUUUGUAUUUUUACAUGAAAUCAUCAUAAUCAUAGGAUUCGUAAGUUCCAUAUUCCUUCAUAUUUGCCUGUAGAGAGAACAACAAGUGACAUGAGUAAUUUAUGGAUGUUAAAUAAAGAAAUAAAGCAACUUACGCUGUCUGUUUCGAUGCGAA